CCUUGGGAAAGUACAUAUCUGGGAGCAGCAGGCGGCUCGGCGCUCGCACUCCGGCUCCGCCGCUUCACCGCGCGCUCGCCUCCCUGCUCCCGCCGCAGCCCCAGGGCCCCUCGCCGCCGCCACCAUGGACGCCAUCAAGAAGAAGAUGCAGAUGCUCAAGCUCGACAAGGAGAACGCCUUGGAUCGAGCGGAGCAGGCGGAGGCCGAUAAGAAGGCAGCGGAGGACAGGAGCAAGCAGCUCGAGGAGGACAUAGCGGCCAAGGAGAAGCUGCUGCGGGUGUCGGAGGACGAGCGGGACCGGGUGCUGGAGGAGUUGCACAAGGCAGAGGACAGCCUCCUGGCCGCCGACGAAACCGCCGCCAAGGUACCCCGGGCGCGCGCGGCGCGGCGCACGAAUGGCUAACUCUGUCUCUCUCUCUCUCUCCCUCCCUGUCUUUCCCUUUCUCUCUCCCGCUGUCCCUGUCCUUCUGGCUCUGUGCACCCACAACCCUCCCUUGCGGGAUCACGCUGCCUGCCGCACCCCCCACCCCGUCCCGUCCCCGUCCCCCACGGCCAACUCCCAGCUGGAAGAUGAGCUGGUGUCGCUGCAAAAGAAACUCAAGGCCACCGAAGAUGAACUGGACAAAUACUCCGAGGCUCUCAAAGACGCCCAGGAGAAGCUGGAGCUGGCGGAGAAAAAGGCCACCGACGCUGAAGCCGACGUAGCUUCUCUAAACAGACGCAUCCAGCUGGUUGAGGAAGAGUUGGAUCGUGCCCAGGAGCGUCUGGCAACAGCUCUGCAGAAGCUGGAGGAGGCCGAGAAGGCAGCAGAUGAGAGUGAGAGAGGCAUGAAAGUCAUUGAGAGCCGAGCCCAAAAGGAUGAGGAGAAAAUGGAGAUUCAGGAGAUCCAGCUGAAAGAGGCCAAGCACAUUGCUGAGGAUGCCGACCGCAAGUAUGAAGAGGUGGCCCGUAAGCUGGUCAUCAUUGAGAGUGACCUGGAGCGUGCAGAGGAGCGGGCUGAGCUUUCAGAAGGCCAAGUUCGACAGCUGGAAGAACAAUUAAGAAUAAUGGAUCAGACCUUGAAAGCAUUAAUGGCUGCAGAGGAUAAGUACUCGCAGAAGGAAGACAAAUAUGAGGAAGAGAUCAAGGUCCUUUCUGACAAGCUGAAGGAGGCUGAGACUCGGGCUGAGUUUGCAGAGAGGUCAGUAACUAAAUUGGAGAAAAGCAUUGAUGACUUGGAAGAGAAAGUGGCUCAUGCCAAAGAAGAAAACCUUAGUAUGCACCAGAUGCUGGAUCAGACUUUACUGGAGUUAAACAACAUGUGAAAACCUCCUUAGCUGCGACCACAUUCUUUCAUGUUGUUUUUAUUUUUUCGUUUCGUUUUGUUUUCAAACACCAUGCUUACCAUGAAACCCCUUAAUGCAUUUUUUAUUUACUUUUACCACUGUCACAGAAACAUCCACAAGAUUACCAGCUAGAUUGGGGGUGGGGAAGACACACACACACACACACACACAGGCAAGCCCGUGUUCAAGGUGACAAUGAUUUAAAUGUGCCAUUUCCCGAGUUGACAUUGCCACACCGUAGAGAGUUUAGCAACACUGUAUGCUUAGUCAGUCCAGGAAUCCUUGAGGAAGCAGAAAGAUUUCCACUCAAACUGCCAAUGACCAGGAAGGGUAACGUUGGAAACACAAUCAGGUGUGGAUUGGUGCUACUUUAAACAAAAGGUCCCACUGUGGUCUCUCCUUAAAUAUUGUAUGAUUUACAAGUCUGUCCAACACUAAUUUAUUUUGUCAUGAGUUUUACAAUGAGGUGAGACUGUGGAUCCUGUCUGCCAGAAUUCACUAAAGCCGAAGCUUUGUAAGCCACCGUGCUCUUCUAAUUGGCACAUUUGCAGCUUGUUACAACUUGUGGGAUAGCAUGCAAUGUGGAUUUCCAGCAUGUUCAAGUGAAAGAUGUGGGCACCACAUACAAUUGUGAAGAAAACACAUUGUCUUAAGAGUUAUAACUGUAUGAAACCUUGUACAAUGAUAUGGAAUAAAUGCACAUUGUAGGACAUUUUCUAAACAGGGUGGUCCUGUCGUUUGUUUUUACUUUGUUAACUUCAGAUCGCGUGAUUGAGCUACCUUCCCUCACACAUGUUUCUUAAAGCUUAGUAAUAUCUCAGUGUCUGGGAGGGAAUGGGUUUCUUGUGUCAUCCUCCCAGAAGCACUCAAAACAGGAUCCCUUUAGUCUGUUAAAGUUACAGCAAGCAGCAAAGGGGCUUCCCCAGUAGCUCAGUAGUAAAGAAUCUACCUGCCAAUUCAGGAGACAUGGUUUUGAUCCUUGGGUCAGAAAGAUUCCCUGGAGGAGGAAAUGGCAGCCUGGAAAAUUCCACUGACAGAGGAGCCUGGCAGGCUACAGUCCAUAGGCUCACGAAGAGUCAGACGCAACUGAACGACUAAGCUAAAACAAGUAGCAGAGGACCCUUCCCAAGUCCCAGCCUUUCUCCAGAUUAUGGGUUAUAUCUGCACAUACAUACAUGUAGGCCUUUUGCUGUGGUUCUACCAGUUUGGAGAGUUUUCCUCAACUCUUACCUAAGUCUUUAGCAGUGGCAAUCAUACACAUCAAAAAAUUGCAAGUUAAUGCACCAAAUGUGUUGUCCCCCAGCAGUGUGGUUCUAUUUAAAAGUAGAAGUGAUUCUAUUUUUAAAAACUCCCCUGGUGGUUCAAUGGCUAAGACUCUGCGCUUCCAAUGCAGGGGCCCUGGGUUUGAUCUCUGGUUGGAGAACUAAGAUCUCACAUGCCAUAACUAAGACUUGGCACAGCCAAAAAAGUGAAUAUAACUUUUUUUUUUAAGUAGAAGUAAAGGAUCUUGGUGAUUUUCUGCUUUCUAACUCAUGUUUGAGUUCUGAAUUCCAGUACAUCUUUUUAUUGGACUUGGAAAUUGAAAACAUCACUGGCCAGUCUUGAAGAUGUU